CUGUUUGUUAUAAAAGUGUAUGGUACUUCAAUAUGUGUAGACGCAUCCCUAGUUAUUCACAAGAUUUACCAUGAUAAGCAUAUCUACAAUAGUAUUAUGGUGCUUUAUCAAGGCCACAGUGAGGCAGGUGAAAACGUCAGCUCUUAUCUCAGGUGA